AGGGCAUGUCUGGUGAGCUGCUUUGGAGGACUUUGCAUAAUUGUGACGUGUUUUCUAAGGACCAAUUGACGAUGUCAAGAGCAGCAGACGGCGCCAUGGCCUGUACAAAACCAUUCAAGAGACACGAGAGAACCGACGCGAGGCGCUGCUUCCGAGAACGUUGAGCGUGAGCACCUUGAGAAACAAGCCGGAACAACCGAUAUCUGGACGAGCGGAGGUAUUAACGAGGCGCAGGUGAACAUGAGCGUCAGGGCCGCCGCUCUCACCACUGAGUGGCCGGCGGUGUUGGUCGGUGCCAACCCGCACUACGCCAGCGUGCUCGUCGAUGGUGCCGAUAGUGGCCAACAGGAAAACUGGAGCAAUGCUCAGCAAGACCCGUGGGCAACAAACGACACGACCAGCAUGCAAGCCAAUCUGAGCCAGUCCUGGCACGAGAACCUUCCGGUCGUGAUCACAGUCUCUCUGCUGCUCUGCCUGGUAAUCAUCGCCACCGUAAUCGGCAACAUAUUCGUCAUCGCGGCCAUCAUCUGGGAGCGCAACCUGCGCACCGUUAGCAACUAUCUGGUGCUCUCAUUGGCUGUAGCGGACUUGAUGGUGGCUUGCCUGGUAAUGCCACUGGGAGCCGUGUACGAGGUGACGCGCGAAUGGAGAAUGCCGCCCGAGCUGUGCGAUGUGUGGACAUGCUGCGACGUGCUGUGCUGCACCGCGUCCAUCCUGCACCUGCUCGCCAUCGCCGUGGACCGCUACUGGGCAGUUACCAUCGUGGACUACAUGCGGCAGAGGGACGUCCGGAAGGUGGGCAUCAUGAUCUUCCUCGUGUGGAGCGUGGCCUUCGUGGUUUCCAUAGCGCCAAUCUUCGGCUGGAAAGACAAGGACUCGCGCAGCCGUGUCCUGCACGAGAAGAAGUGCCUGGUGAGCCAGGACGCCGCGUACCAGGUGUUUGCCACCUGCUCCAGCUUCUACGUGCCACUCAUUAUGAUCCUCCUGCUUUAUUGGCGCAUAUUUAAGGUGGCGCGACAGCGGAUUCGCCACAAGCCGGGUGCCAAGGCUGUGCUCAUCGUUCACAAGGAGCCGUCGACGUCGUCGGCCGUGGCGUCCAACGAGAACACGCCUCAGCACACCAUGACGACCACCGUGGGCACGCCUAUCCACAACAGCAGUAAUCAGUCGUCGCCCAGUAACGGCAUGAACAAAGCCAUGCACGGGGGCAUCGGCCGCCUCCUUGUGCUCACAAAACGAGAGAAGAAGCACGUCGAGGAGACGAUUGAAUCUCGGCGCGAGCGCAAGGCCGCGAAGACAGUGGCCAUCAUCACGGGCGUGUUUGUCAUGUGUUGGCUGCCCUUCUUCGUCAUGGCUCUCGUCAUGCCUCUGUGCGAGACGUGCGACCCGGGCAAGCUGGUGUUCAGUUUCUUCUUGUGGCUGGGCUACGCAAACUCGAUGAUAAACCCGAUAAUAUACACUAUAUUCAGUCCCGACUUUCGGAACGCCUUUAAUAGAAUACUGUGCGGCAAGAAGCCGCCCAUGAGAUGACAGGAAUGACUUUCGCCAUGCGCCGCAGCAGGCGUGUUUUCUGCCCCGCUGUGGUGCAUAUGUGAUGACCGAUGGAACACGGAAAAAAUUUGCUACAAUUUUUGCCGAUGCUCCUGUCAAGUAUUUUUGUAUUGUCCCCUUAGAACGCAGGUUAAACUACAUCGCACGUUUACCAUCGCUUCAGAGCUUUUUAUUAACAGGUAGGCCCCGAUUAGCCGAGCCUAAGAUACAUAGUUGACGUAAGCGUACUACGGCUUCUCGAAGUGAGCUGUUGUGAGAAUUCCCGUCUACCUGUACCAAUACCGAGAUUUUUGCGUGCUUUAGUGCUUGCGGCUUUAGCCUCUGGGGCACAGGCGAAAGCCACAGACACUGACUUUCGAGUGUAAUUUUGACCUCCCGCUGAAUAAUGUUAUUUUCAAGAAGCCUUCAGCCCCAACUGUUGUGGCAGAACUUAGCAGGUUUGUUCCAUUCACCGUCGCUUUCAAGAACACAAAGGGUGCUUAGCUUAAUGCAGAGCUUUUGUGAAUGUAAUCUGUUUAGCGUUUUUUUUUGGCAGCAAUUGUGUCAAACUAGGUGCCAAAGUAUAGACAUGCCCUUAGUUGAAAAGUCGUCGUGUUUUGUUGGAGGCUCCAACAGCGCACGGGGCUCUACGCUGUUCGGUGGCCUCUGGCAAUGCGCCUUUCGCAUUCGCUCAAGUGUCGCGUGUUUCUCAAAGCCCUGUUUCUUUCUUUCUUCGUCAUCUGGGCUUUCUACUUUAUUUUUGCUCAACCACUUACUUUGCCGAUUGUUACAAAAUUGAGUAUUUCUGUCAGCAUGUUCGUGCAUUUGGACUGUGUUUUCUCCAAAGCGUUACAGACUGUUCUUCACAAACUCGCCAUCAAGCGCACAUGGGAAAGUGAAAGCUACAGUGAUGGACACGUUCAGGGGCUGCAACUUUUUCCACGGACAGUAUGAGUGACCAGAGUGGUGUGGUUUACCACGUGAUGACCCUCUUGUGUCACAAAACACAGUCAAGGGUGAAACUUUCAGGGAAGUGCCCUAGUGCCGCAUCAGUGUACAGUGUGUUGAUUCUGAUAUUAUUGUAUGUCUUUUGUGUGGAUGAGCGAAAACGUUAUGAGUGUCUUGUCAUGCAUACUAUGACUAUCUCUGUACAGCAGAGCACCUGCAGUUAUUUGUGUUUCACUUAAGACGAUGGCACUGAAUAACCAUAUCUGUAUCGAGUAGCUGUUUUCUGUGUUCCUGUGAUUAUGGACGCGCAUAUUGUACUCACUCUUCUAAAGGUACUAAUGUGAUACAUUGUCUAACCGCACGCUGUUAUUCCGUGUGGUCUCGAAGUCCUACGUCCUUCUCAACGCAUGCCUUUACCCUCUUGUAUUGUACAAAGCCCACACAAUGAAAAGUUUUGUGCGUCGUCUCUCGUAGGGAUAUGUUUUUUCUGUGGGUGUUCAACCUUAUCCAUGACUGCAUUUGUAAUCAAGGCGCCCUGAAUGUGUUUCCUUUGCAGGAAUUCAUUAGCUAAAAUGUAUUUGCCUUGUAUGCUUUCUAUUUUGUUGUUAUUUUAAUACGGUAGUGUAGGACCGCAAGUAAAGAUGCACUGAUAUUAAGAAAACUUAUUGCGCGGGAUCGAGCAUUUGAGCACGUAAAAUACUUGAGUCUUACUUUCUUGACAGAACUGACGCAGAUAGGAAAGGCCCCUGACCGAUGCGUCCACUUCGACUGUGAAUUUGGUUUUUAUAUGCGUCUGCGCAAUGCUGAUGCGAGGACAGUUAUCUUCAUGGCAAUGAAGAAAAUGAGAAUUGUGUCAUUUCCAGAAAGACCAGGGAUACCCUACAAAAAUAUGUUUUCUCUUGCGCUGCGUUAAGAACUUCGAAGCAGUGAUGCAUGCAUAUACGUAUGCAAAUUGAAAUAACCUGUAACUAACAUCUGAUACAUGUAAUUGAAAUACACACACACACACACACACACACACACACACACACACACACACACACACACACGCUUACUCCUUUGCAAGUCGUCUCAAAUGAAUGAAAGUAGGAACUUCAAGCGCAAGUCUUUCAGGUGCUUGCUUAGCAAACUUCUCUUACGGUUACGGUGCUCCCAGGCUGUGGACAGCGGAACCUGUCUUUCGCUGCCAUGAGUUUUGUGGCAAAAAUGGCGUCACAGAAGCUCAGCUGUGUUAACUCACCAGUUGCUUCAAUUAUAGAUACAGCAAUUCACGUUUUUAGAGAAAAGCUGUACAUGUUUUAAAUACCACACCCGGCAGUGGCUUAAAAGGUUGUUCAGAGCGCAUCUUGAAUUUUGCCUUAAUAGACAAUAUAUAAAGAAAUUGAAAUACACAUCUAUUAGGCAGACGCAUGAAAAUGCCUGAAGGAUAAGGAAUGUUAUGAACUGAGAAAGUAGUACCCUCUCGUUGUAAUUAACUAGGCAUUGCUCAGUGUACAUGGGCUUGCCUGCAUGAGGCACCUGUUAGCAUGUGGUUAAGACGGUUCGUGUAGCUGGUCAAAUUCGUGUUUGCCAUGAUUUCGGACUUUAUCUGCACAUUUGAAGAAAAGCAACAAGACUUCCCAGCAGACUAUCAACACGUGCUGCAAUAUUUCAUUGGCAGCUGCUUUAUUGACAUGAUAUUAAAAGACAGUUCGGUGCUUUAGAUGGCACCAGCUACGCCGUCUCGUAUGGCAAACAAAACGAAGCCACAAAAUGCGCGAAAUACACCAAGUAUACUCACAGAGACUCAACACGAAAUUUUCGGAAAAAAAUAAAAUCUGGGAAGCCUGAGAAGGUACUUAGAUAAGAAGCAACAGGUGAUAAACAAGCACAGUGGCAUAAAUUGUUAAGAGUUCUCGGAGUUUACCGAGACCACCUACAGAUGUACAAUGAUUUUCAGUUGAGUAGACGAACGCACGUACAGUAACUACUUAACAAUAUAUAACAAAUAUACUCGCGACAUGACAGGAGCUGAUGGCGCAUGACAGGAGCAUGACAUGACAGGAGCUGCUCAGUUCAAAGCAUUGGAGAAUUAGGUUGGCCACAUCUGUGGUUUCUUUAAACACCAAUAUUUACAAAAAAACUUGAGGGUAACCAACUUCAUUAUCUACACAGAGUGACCUCGACGAGAUGAAAAUAAGGUAAUAUUGAAGAGUCAGGAUGCUUGCCUCGGUAGCUCGAAAUAUUUAUUUCUGUCAUAUUAACGUGUGCCUCUGUGCCGUCAGUAUAAGACUGAUGAUGAUAAGAACUACAAGAGGCUGUCUCGUGAAGAGAGCUUGUGCCGCUCACAGUGAAUGGGGAUAUUGCGCGUGAGCGCCUUUUAUCAUGGUGAUGAAACGUCCUUGACACCUCCAACCUGGUACUGAGAGCACAGGGGCAUAUCGUAUUCAUCCAUGAGCGAGAAAUUUUUUCUGACCUCUUUCUUCAAGCAAAAGUCCUUUACACAUUGUCAAAAUGUACCGGCCUCAAACUUACGCUUCCCGAUCGCUACUUCCUGGACGCAUCAAUAGAGUAGGCAAGUAGGAGCCAGACGAUGCCAGUUCCUAUAGCUAUUACUCACAUCUCAUGAACAUCGUUCAGCAGUAGUCGUAGACGCUUCCGAACGCCACGAACCUGCUUUCUGAAGUUGCCGCCCGCUUUUUCCCCUCAAGAAUCCCCACUGUCUUCCUGUUCAGUAAGAGCCUCUUGACAAACUGUAACCCCGAAAAAAAAAAAGAGCGCGCUUAGCAAAGUGAGCAGUACCUAAGUAGCAAGACUGCCAAGGCUUUUCGCUCAAGAAAUUUCAAAGCAGUCGGGCUAUGUAAAGUUGGCAUUGUCUUCGUAGAGUAACUUAGCUGUUUGUGCUCGUACGUUUCGUGUGGGUGUGAGAAUGCAUGUGUCAGCGGAUGUGUGUUGCGCUAUGUUUCGCCCCCUUCAACUAAAUAUGCUGCCUGCCCAAACGUUGCGAGUCACUGCUCAAUUAACCAGAUUUCUUCUGAAGAACAUAUCAAGAAAGGACAAUGUAUCGCCCAUAGGUGGAGUGUUGGGUGUAGCUGUUUACGACAUAGUUGCAGAGCAGCCACUAUUAUUUGCUUACACAGCAGGCGUGCUGCUAAAAAAAUAAAUGUAUCGUCGAUGUGGUAAAGUUAACUGCGCGCCGUUUUUGUGGGAUAAUUGCCAUCUUUUCGUCUGAUCAAGUUAUAAUAGAGAAAUAACAAAACAGGAAGUCAAAAUGUACCUCUUACUUCAAUAUAGAUUUCAGGGGUGUGUAUACUAACCAGGAUUUUAUAAUUAUAGAUUUGCUAUCAGGACACCUUACAAGAUACAAAAUUAGUGAACACAGGCAUUGAACAACAAAUUCUUGGAAUUUUAACGGGAAAUUAGACUUCGUAAAAUUCUGUAUGCAAUCGAAAGCGUUGUGUAGUUCUGUUUUCCGAACUCUGCAUGUGACGAGCCUGUGCGCUUCCUUUUUCCGGGGUAAAUUAUAUUGUUUUUCUUCAGGGCCCAACUAACGCCAGGGCUUGCUUUCGCUUACCGGUAUUGAAAUAGAUAGCUGGACGAGUUGGUUUCGAUUAAAUAUUGUAAAAUCAGAAAACCACAAGACUACGGUCGAAAAUGAUCGGACCCGAAAAUGCGCAUUUGGGCGUCUGCUUGUUUCAGUUAUCUUGGGUCAUUGCACUAUUUAAGUGCAUUCGCCGUUAUUCACUGUGUCCCUUCAAUACGCACUUUAUUGCUUUGUAUAUAUUAUUCCAUCUCGUAAGAACUACUCCACAUUUCUUUUUAUUUUCGCAAUAAACGAACUGCUAAAUGCGCGUUUCCCCGUGCUGCACGUGACACUUUAUUCACGCACGAUAUGAGGGGUUUACACUGAACGACGGACAGAGUUGCCUCUUGUAGCAUGUUGCCUCCUUCGGUAGAGUUCAGUGGUAUGAACAUGACAUGCGAGAAGUCUGAUAUCUGCUAAUAUGGGGCAUCUUGUUGCGAUUGCUUAGGUUCUCUACUAAACGUUGAACGAGGUCGAUUUGAGAUGUCGACGGCAACAAGAACUUCUGAAGAACGUUUUGCCAUAGAUGGGUGCUUGCUGUCAGGCAUAACUGGUGCAAAAAAGA